GUGUUCAUGUGACAGCGCAAGAAGGAUGUGUCCUAAAAAAGUUUGCAUCGAGCCAAACUGCAUCACUUGUAAGUUGGUCCACCGCUCGACACUCAUCCGUGGAUAUUUCUUUUCGGGUUUCACUUGCAUAGGGUGAAAGCCAGGGAGGACAUCGGAACAAAAAGAGUGAAGGUUUCUGAAAUGGGAGCUACAGCCUCAUCCGCGCAACAGGACAGUAGAUGUGAGGAAGACGCAGCGGCGGAGGAACAGACUGAAGGGGCGAGUGAUGCUCGGGAUGACGCCAGUGCUGAUGACAAGUUGUUACAGACAAAUGGACAGAUCUCCAGUUUGAAUAUAAAGACAAAGAACCAUGCAGACGAAUUAAAUGGACACUUUGAGGAGAGGGUACUUGCAGAUGUUGGCUCAGGGUUUGUUACUAUAAAAGAAGAUGGCACAGAGACAAUUGAAGAUCUUCAUGAUGUGGACACCCUUCAACCAAACACUCAGAAUGAGAGCAGAGAGAUGGUUAAUUCAGAUGGUGUGACUGUGAAGGAGGGAAUGGAGGAGGAUGGCCAAGUAAAUGAUAUCAAUGAAGUUGGCUUCAAAAAAAUCUUCAGAUUUGUUGGAUUUAGGUUCAGCCUGAAAAAAGACACAUGUGAAAAGACUGAAGGAGAAGGGUUACUAGCAAAUGAGCAAGUAGAGAAAGUGGCAAGUACCUCUGAAUACUUCGAGGCAACCAAAGAGACGAUCACUGAGGCAGCAAAUGAAAACUGCUCAUAUGAGAACACGCCUGAUGAUCCAUUGAACAGUGCAGUGUCUGCCCAGCCUGAGCCAGCUGAUCCCUCUCAAAAAACAGAAAAUGAAACCAAGGUGGAUCAGGACGCAGAUAUAGUGGAACAUAAUGUAGAGGUCACACCUUAUAAAGAACAGGUAAAAGUGGUUGAAGCAAGUCCUGAGCCAGAGGAGCCUGAGCCAGAGGAGCCGAUGUCGCCAAUCAAACAAUUCUUUACAGAAGGAAUUUUUGCCAGUUUAAGAAAGAAAAAGAAAGAGGUGGAAAUACAAAAAGAGAGAAAGGAAGAGGAACUCAAAAUAAUUUAUAAAAGAGAUGCUGCAGAGGCUGAAAAAGAGGGUAGUAAAUGCAUAUGCCUUGAUAUCCCUCAUAUCAUGUCUGAGGAAGAAAAAGAUUCACAGGGGAAAGGAGACAUCAAGUUUUUACCUGAAGAAGAACUUCAGGUAAAUUCUCUAGAGAAAGAUAAAGUACAAGGAAGUCCACUUAAAAGACUUUUCAGGAAAUUUUCCACAAGAAGGCAGAGAGAAAAUAAAGCUGCAGUAAAUGUGAUUGAGGCUGAGGAAAAAGUCUCUGAACAGCCUGAGUCAUCCUCAGAAUUGACAGAGAUCCAGAAAGUGGAGGAACCACUGGUUGAAGAACCAAAAUCAGCUGAAGAGGAGCAGUUGGCUGAUGUUAGCCCUCAAGAGUCCAAAAAGAAAUCUGACUCCACCGUUUCCUGGGAGGCACUGAUUUGUGGUGGUUCUGCUAGGAAAAGGGCUAGAAAAACAAAUGAGGAUGAGACACCAGACAAAGGAGAGGAAUAUGAGAAAAAAACUGAAUCUCCACUAGGAAGUUCUUUUGAGGGUGAUUAUGAUCAUCUUACAUCAUCCAGUGAACAAGCUGGAAGUCCUGGAGAAGGAGAGGCAGGAUCCACAUGGAAAACGUUUAAAAAAAUGGUCACCCCAAAGAGGAAGGUAAGAACUGGAGGAAGUAGCUCACCUGAACAGAUAUCUUCAGACAGUGAAAUGAACAAAGAUGACUCAUUUUCUAUAAAGAAACUUAUUCCAGGGCAUAAAAAGAGAAAAUCUGAUGCAAUGCGAGAACAGACAUCCUCUGAUGAGGCUGGUAAGGAUGCUGAAAGUGGUGACGAAGAUGAUGAAACACCAGCUAUUAUUCCAUUGUCUGAGUAUGAAAUAAUUGAGCCUGAAAGUCUUAGAGAGGUGAAUGAAAAACUAGUUGAAAUUACAAUAGAACAUGAGAUGACAGAGAUGACUUCACAAGUGUUAGACAAGGACAAACCAAAUGAAUCAGAGCCCAAGUUUGCAGCUAAAGUUUCAAAUAAUGUUCUAUCAGAGAACUUUGAAGAACUGACAGACUUCAUGAGUAAACAUCAACAACUGAAUGAUAUGCCAGAGGAAGGGAUCAUUGAAGAAAGCAUAGAAACACCUAUAUCAUCUGCUGUGUGUACAACACAGGAUGAUUCCUUUGCUGAGGACUUUGUAGUGCCUGCAAGUGAAGAAUUUAUUGGGGAGGACACAACUGAAAUGGUCUCAGCAGUCUCCCAGCUAACAGAAUCACCCAAGACAUCUGGGCAUGUUACACCAGUGCUGGCUGAAUACAGCAUUCAGAAGUCAGAUGUGAUCCUACAAGAAGCUGUUCAAUCUAUGUGCAUGACUCCAAGUGUUCAGUCAGUAACCACAAAAGAUGAAAGGCAAAAAUUCCUGACUGUGUCACUUUCACCUUAUAUUCUACAGUCAUCCACACCAGAAGAAACAAAAGUUUUAGUUGCACAUAAGAAAACAGAUGCAACAGCAAUAUGUACAGGCCUAAUAUCUCAGGAAAUAGAAUCUUUGGAAGAACCUGUCCCUGCACCCUUAAUGGAGGAGGUACCUGAAGUAAGUGAUGCUGUCCUGACUGAAUUAGUCUCUGAUAACCUGACAGAUGAACCCGAAGUAGCAGGACUUGGGACAGAUGAGGUCUAUGAAGCUGAAAUCAUGGAAGUUAAAACAAAGUAUAAGAAACAAAUUACAAUAAAUGCCACUGAAACUGAACUCAAUAUAGAGCAAGUAAUUCAGUUGAUGGCAGAGCAGGACAAAGAGGAAUGUCCAACAGAACCAGUGAUGGGUAUUGAACCAGUUUAUGUGGCAGUGAUUGAUACAAUACAACGUGAAGCUGUGCUGGACCAGGUAAUUGCUGCAAACACCCAUGAUCCCAUGACAGAAGGUCCAUUACACCCAGUGUUAGAAGAAUCUGUGUAUAUACAACCAGUACAUUACACCGAAGUAACUGCUGAAGUUGAAAAAGUGAUCAAGCUUCCAGAUGUUGAAUUGUCAGCUGCUGAGUUUGAGCAAGCUGCACUACCUGAAGUGUUGGAGUUUUUGACACAUUAUGUAGCCAGUGUUCCUGACACUACUCGAAGUGAAAUUGCAGACAUUGAUAAAGAAGGAAUUGACAUUUUUGCCUCUACUGUGGAAUGUCUUGAAACCAAAGAUACUAUUAGUUUUAUAAGUCCAAUUUCAGAUCCCAUAAAGGUAGAGGUGAUAGAGGUAGAAGACAGGAUACAAACAGAAUUAGCUGAAUCAGUACAUGAUGAUGUUCAUGAAAUUCAAUUGGACAUAAAAGAUACAGUCUUAAAAACAGCAGGGGCACAAGUGGAGACAGUUCUUCAAGUUGUCUCAGCAGGUGAUUCAGCAAUUGUUGUGGAAGACACCUGUGAGCAAAUACAAGAAGGCAAAAUGGAACACCAGGAAAUUGAGGACAUACAUGUAGAGGAGAGUAUGGAUGUUGUUGCUUCAGAAGAUUUUCAAAAUUUUGAGGCUGAAAACAUUUCAGGAACUGCAGCUGAAUUUUUUGUCAGGGAAGAGUUGGAGGAAAAACAAUUGAACAUACCAGCCGAGGAGGUGUCACUUCCAGAAACAGUAUUAGUUGAGGAGACUGAAGAGGUGGAUAAAGUUACACCGGAGCCUGAAGAAUUGCCCAAAGAAAUAGAUACUUAUGUAGAAGAUAAAGUGGAAGAAGAUGCAUGUUACAAAACAGACAGGAAAGGACUGAAUGAGGAAGAGGAAAUUGCCGUGAAAGAAGGGCAACCAUUAACAAACACUGAAGCAGAUGAAUCAGAGAAUCUAGAGGUUGCUGCUCAUACACAUAUUACUGAGGCAUCUCCUGAAAUUAUUGAACAAGAUGUUAGAACAGAAAAUGCAGAGAUGGUUAAUGGAAUAAGAGAGGAUUUGGAUGUUUCUGAGAUUUCAAAGGAUGUAUUGGAGCACAAAGAAACAACAGCAGAGCCUGAAGCUGAUUCUGGAGUCAUGCUAACACAUCUAGAGACUGCUGUUCCCCUAGUUGAAACAAGAUCUGUACAAACAGAAAUCAUGGACUUUCAAACAGAAUUGAGUCUGGACAGUGAACAAAGUCCAGAAACUUCCAAAGAGGAUAAACAAACAAUAACAACUGAGAAUAUUAAGACUGUUCAAGUUUUAGAGAUGGUUGUUAUUAUGGAGAAUGUAACAAAACAAUCAGAGAUGGAGAAACUAGUACCAGUAGCACAGGCACUUGUAAUAUCUGAGCUACCAGAGGUCACAGAAAAAGAUAAUGAUGCAUUAGCAAUAACUGAUUUAAUUGCUGAAACAAGAGGUGGUGAUCAAGUGGACCAUGCACCAGUGAUGGUAGCAACAGAAAUUACAGAAACAUCAGCUCCAGAAGAAAAAGAUAAAACCCCUGUUGUUACCGAACCUGAAAGCUCAGGGCCAACUGAAAUUAAAGUGGCUGGUACAACAGAGAGUGAGUCUGUAGGAGUGGCACAAAAUUAUACUGCUACACAAAAUGAGGUUAAUAGUGUGAGUAAACACAAGGAUGAAGCAACAGAAGACACCAUGCUAAAAUGUGAACCUGCUGAACAGAUAGUAGAGAAACCACUGGCAAUCAAUCUGCAGAUAGAAAAUGCAGAAAUUAAAGAUGAAAUACCAGCAGUAAUGGAUAUGAAAGAGGAGUCAUCAGCUGUUACCAAACUAGAAGUAGCGCCCAUGUCACAGACACUGCCAUUGAGCUCUGAAAUAGAAGCAGAAACACUAGAAGUUACUGAACUCAAGGCAGCGACCCUUGAAAUGACAGAACCAAUGGUAGAAACACAUGUGGCAACAGAAGUUGAAGUAGAGACAGCACUCGAAGUGGAGACUCCAUUUGUGACAUCAGUGGUUGCGGAACUUGAGGUAGAUUCACCAGUAGUUACAUCUAUGACAAAAACUAUUGACACACACAGCUCUGCUGCAAUAUCAGUGAAUCAAAACAAAGACAGUGACACCGCACUGUUGACAGAAGAGGUCAAAGAACAAGUUGUAGGGAUGCCCACUGUAACCCCUGUGGUAUUGACACCGGCUGAAGCUCUGGAUGUAGUUACAACGGUUGUGGCUCUUGGCAACGGAUCAAGGCCUGUAGCUUCAGUGAAAGAAAUACAAGAUGUGACUCUAUUGGUAGGAACACCAGCUGUUGAUCCAGUGGCUGUGUCAACAGUAGAGAUGCAAAAUGUGACUCCAGUAGCCAAAACUUUAGCUCUCAGUUCAGGGAUAAUAACAGAGACUACACCUCCUGAAGUAGUUAUACUGACUGUGACUGCAGUAUCAAAAACUUCAGUUGUGAGCCCAGUAGUAGAAACUCCAGUUGUGACCCCAGUGGUAGACACAACAACUGUGGCCCCAGCAGUAGAAAUCCCAAAUGGGACUCCAGAGUUGAAUAUAUCAAUGGUAGGAAAAGUCACAGUUGCAUUAACUGCAACUCCUAUGGUGGAGACAUCAGUUGUUUCAGUGACAAAUAUUGAAACGCCAAUAGUAGCUAUACCAGCUGUGACCCCAGUAACAGAAACAUCAGUUGUGAGCCCAGUAUUCGAAACUACAGUUGCUUCCACCACAUCAGAAAUCACAUCAAAACCAAUUGCAAUUGCAGAGGCAGAGACAUUAGUUGUAACCCCAGUGAAUGAGACACCAGAUGUGGUUUCAGUGACAGUAACAGAGGCCAUAGCUCCAGUAAUAUUUACAUCACCUUUGACUUCAAUAGCAGAAACAUCAGUUAUGACCACAGUAGUAGAAACUCCAGCAGUAAAACCAGUUGCAGUGACAGAGAUACCAGCUGUGACCCCAGUGGUGGUUGCACCACUUGUGACUCCACUAGCAGAAACAUCAGUUGUGAGCCCAGUAGUAGAACCUCAAGCAUUAAAGCCAGUUGCAGUGACAGAGAUACCAGAUGUGACCUCAGUGGGUAUGACACCAGCUCUUGCUUCGGUGAUAGUAACAGAGGCUGCAUCUACAGUUGUUACAUUAGCUGUGACUGCAAAAGCAGAAACAUCAGCUGUGAGCCCAUUAGUAGAAACUCCAUUAGUAAUGCCAACUGCAGUUGCAGUGGCAGAGACACCAGUUGUGACCCCAGUGGUGGUGACACCAGCUGUGACUCCAGUAGCUGAAACAUCAGUUGUGAUCCCUGUAGUCAAAACCCCAGCAGUAAAGCCAGUUACAAUGACGGAGACAUCAGUUGUGACCCCAGUAGAUGAAACUAUAGCAGUUAAGCCAGUUGCAAUGGGAGAGACACCCGUUUUUACCCCUGUAUUAGUUACACCAGCUGUGACUCCAAUAGCACAAACAUCUUUGGUGAUGCCAGUAGUAGAAAGUCCAACAGCAAAGUCAGUUGUAGUGGCAGAGACACAAGCUGUGACCCCAGUUGUAGAAAUUCCAGCAGUAAAGCCAGCUGCAAUGACAGAGACACCACUUGUAACCCAAGUUGUAGAAACUGCAGCAAUUAAGCAAAUUGCAGUGACGAAGUCACCACUUGUGACCCCUGUAGUAGAAUCUCCAGCAGUUAAGCCAGUUGCAGUGACCGAAGCAUCAACUGUGACAGCAGUGGUGGUGAAACCAGUUGUGACUCCGGUAGCAGAAACAUCAGGUGUAAGCCCAGUAGAAGAAACUCUGCAAUUAGCUGAAUCAGUAGCUGCAGUGGGAGAGACAACAGUUUUGACCCCAGUGGUAGUAACACCAGCUGUGACUGCAGUAGCUGAAAAAUCUUUGGUGAUGCCAGUAGUAGAAAGUCCACCAGUAAAGUCAGUUGCAGUGGCAGAGACACCAGUUGAGACCCCAGUUAUAGAAAUUCUAGCAGUUAAGCCAGUUGAAAUGACAGAGACACCAGUUGUGACUCCACUAGCUGAAACACCAGUUGUGACCCCAGGAGUAAAAACUCCAGCAGUAAAACCAGUUGCAGUGGCAGAGACACCAGAUGUGACCUCAGUGGUUGUGACACCAGCUCUUGUUUCAGUGAUAGUAACAGAGGCUGCAUCUCCAGUAUUGACAUUACCUGUGAUUGCAAAAGCAGAAACAUCAGUUGUGAGCCCAGUAGCAGAAACUCCAUUAGUAAUGCCAACUGCAGUUGCAGUUGCAGAGACACCAGUUGUGACCCCAGUGGUGGUGACACCAGCUGUGUCUCCAGUAGAUGAAACAUCAGUUGUGACUCCUGUAUUAGAAACUCCAGCAGUAAAGCCAGUUGCAAUGGCAAAGACACCAGUUUUGACCCCAGUAGAAGUUACAUCAGCUGUGACUCCAGUAGCAGAAACACCAUUUGUGACCCCAGUAGUAGAAACUCCAGCAAUUAAGCCAGUUGCAGGGACAGAGACACCAAUUGUGACCCCAGUGGUGGCAACACCAGUUUUGCUUUCAGUGAUAGUAACAGAGGCUGCAUCUUCAGUAUUUACACCAGCUGUGAUGGCAAUAGCAGAAACAUCAAUUGUGAGCCCAGUAGUCGAAACUCCAGCAGUAAAGCUAAUUACAGUUGCAGAGACACCAGUUGUGAUCCCAGUGUUACAGACCUCAGCUCUGGUUACAGUGAUUGAAACAGUGGCUACAUCUCCAGUCGUUUCACCAGCUGUGAGUCCAUUAGCAAAUAAAUCAGUUGAAAGCCCAGUAGUAGAAACUCCAGCAGUAAAGCCAGUUGCAGUGGCAGACACAUCAGUUGGAAUUCAAAUGGUGGUGACACCAACUGUGAUUCAAACAGCAGAAACAUCAGUUGUGAGCCCAGUAGUUGAAAUUAGAGCAGUAAAACCUCCCGCAGCUACAGUGGAUGAGACUCCAGUCGUGAGUCCAGUGGUAAAGACACUGGUAGAUCAGAUGGCAUCAACACCAGUGACAUCAAUUGUGCCCUCAGUAUUAAGGACACCAGUUAUAAAUGAAGUGGUGGAGACACCCACUGUGACCUCAACAGUAGAGAAACCUGCUAAAGCCCCUGUGUUAGUGACACCAUAUGUUGCUCCAGUGGUUGUGACACCAGUGGUAAAGGAAAAAAAGGCAGAGCUUUUAGUUGUAGAUGAAAAUGACGUUAAACCACAACUUGUGACUGAGAAAGAGGUGAAGACAUCAAUUUUAACUGUAAAAGGUAUUUCCAAUGUAGAAAAUGCAAAGGGCUCCUUGAAGCAUGAGCCCAUUGCAACUUCAACAGAACUUCAAUCAGAGGUGGAAGAGGAUGUGUGGGAGGAUGCUGUAGAUAAUAUUGGAGUUGCUGUACAGACGCAAGCGGAUGGUGUGCCCCAAGAUACUGCUGCUAAAGAAGCAUCUGAUGCCCCAAUUUGAGCACUGGCUUGCCAUAUGAGAUGAAAGUUAUCAAGGAGCUGAUUUUACAAGGAGAGCUUGACUGGGGUCUCUUUGAACUGACAGGACUUGUGACACAUCGUGAGGCUGUGUGAUCGACUCUGAAUGAGCUGGGACUUUUUAAACCUCUUUAUAGAAAUGACCAAGCCGCUACAUUUUUACAAUUACAAACUGGCAGAAAUUAUUUAAAUGUAGAAACCCUGACAACAUGAUUACUUUGGAUAAAUCGUUGUCGUAUUUACAUAAAGGGUAUUUGUUCCUGUAUGUGUGAAUCUUUCCUGAUUCUGACAUCAGACCAUUUAUACUGUAUCUCUCACUAUAUCACGUUUUAUUCCAUAACAUUCCAUUUUGUUAAAACUUAUCUAAAUACAUGCAUUACGGCCUACACAUUGAUACAUUUGGUAUUAAUAAAUGAUAACUGUCAAUGGUGUAGUCAGGUGAAAUACCAAGUAUAUUAGGAUACUAAUUAAAUAAGUAAAGAGUUUAAUGGUAAAUUUAUUUUGAACAAUCAUAUACCUCUUGAUUUACAUUUAGGGGGAACUAUGAUAGUGAACAAUUAGAUUUAUAUACUCUAAAUAUGUUGUAGUUUUUUGGUGCACUUUACCAAAUCUAUAAUGAGCAUUGAAAGUUACUGUUUAAACCACUGUUUUUGACAGGUAUUAUAUUACAGGUAUUACCAGAGUAUUUAGGUACUAUUCUGCACUAAUUAUUUUAUUUUGUUCAAGAAAAAAAGCCAUGGUUACAAGUGACGUUUAAUUUACAGAAAAACACAAUUUAAGAAAACAUUAAUGUGAAUAUACAGCAUAUUUUUAAGUAUAAAUAUCUAUUGAAGCAUGCACGCAAACCAAUUUCAAUUGCAAUUACUGGACUGUCAUCGUGUAUUUUUAAAUAACCACAUAAAAAAGCAUAUAUAAAAACUUCAUAAACCGCAAAUCCUUAAGAUCAAUAGCAUUGCACGUGAUCAUAUAUAUACAUAUAUAGUAUAUAUAUUUUUUAUUUUGCUUUAAAUGCUAUUCCAGCUGCCUUGCCUGUAUUAAAGUGGUUUGAAUGCAUCUGGCUUGAUAGUAUCAAAAUACAAUUUUGAACUUAUUCUAAUGUAUUGCUUUUCAGCUAUGAAGCAUCUGAAACCACCAGUACAAUCUUGUUUGACUAUGCAUCUUAAAAGAAGUUGUAAUAUUAACAAUGAACUAAAUAUAUUAGUUCCUAGACUUUUGUUCAAUUUCAUAUUGUAUUGUUUAAUACAAAUUAUAUUUCAAGU